AUGCCCCCUCUCCCAGAUGACACGCAACUGGUCACUGGGGAAGAGGCGGGGCAGUCUGAUUUAAGACUGUUCCCAGAAAGUUCGUCACCCUUCUUUGCGGAACGGGUGGGACGAAACUGCCUGGGAACGGUCGCCGUCGGACAAGGGGUAGGGGUACACACUGGUACCUCCAAUAAUUCCCUUCCGGGGCCCCAAAAUGGGCCCCGAGUGCGUCUACGCGCGCCAUCGCCUCGCGGCGGUGACGCGGAGUUGGGCGCCGCAACUUCGGGCACGGGUUCGGAUCCCACAUCGCCCAGUGCCUACCAAGUUUCCGCGCGCGCAGAGGUCUCUGUCGCGCGCGAGGCCCCCCGGUCUCCGGCCCUGAUUUUGGGUGCCAUCAUUGACCGGGAAGAGUCCCGGCGACCCCCCCCGUUGGUACCAGCGAAGACAACGCUCAAGACUCCUCGGGCCCAAGAUGGCAUCGUCUCCGCCGGCCUUGCAGCGGCCUCGAGUCAGCCACCUCCCGCCUCCUCCGCGCGCCGUUUGGCUUCCCCAGCCUCGUCGGACGCUCCCGCCGCUGCCGUGGCCUCUCAAGACCACAGAUGCGUUUGUUGGCAUACCCGGCAGGGCGGGCGUUACGCUGCCCGACCGGGUAUCGCUCGACACAAGGACAAGGACCUACAGAGCGACGGCUCCCCGGGUGCUAGCAGGCAGCGCCCGGGUUCUAAGACGUGCACCAAGGGCACCUACACGUUGCGGAGCGCCCUCCCAGACGUGGGAGCGGCCACAAGACACUGCAAACGAUGA